AUGGCGGAGGUGGGGGGGGUCUUCGCCUCCUUGGACUGGGAUCUGCACGGUUUUUCCUCAUCUCUGGGGAACAUGCCCUUAGCUGACUCCCCUGGUUUCCUGAACGAGCGCCUGGGCCAGAUCGAGGGGAAGCUGCAGCGCGGUUCGCCCACAGACUUCGCCCACCUGAAGGGGAUCCUGCGGCGCCGCCAGCUGUACUGCCGCACCGGCUUCCACCUGGAGAUUUUCCCCAACGGCACGGUUCACGGCACCCGCCACGACCACAGCCGCUUCGGCAUCCUGGAGUUUAUCAGCCUGGCUGUGGGGCUGAUCAGCAUUCGGGGAGUGGACUCUGGCCUAUACUUAGGAAUGAACGAACGAGGAGAGCUAUAUGGAUCGAAGAAACUCACGCGCGAAUGUGUUUUCCGGGAACAGUUUGAAGAAAACUGGUACAACACCUAUGCCUCCACCUUGUACAAACAUUUGGACUCGGAGAGACAGUAUUAUGUGGCCCUGAAUAAAGACGGCUCACCCCGGGAGGGAUACAGGACUAAACGACACCAGAAAUUCACUCACUUUUUACCCAGGCCUGUAGAUCCUUCUAAGUUACCCUCCAUGCCCAGAGACCUCUUCCACUAUAGGUAA